AUGGUGUCUUCCUUGCUAUCCUCCGCAAUACGCUCCUCCGCCUCUCGUCCCGCAGUCUCUACACCCAGCCCGAGCGGCUCGCACACCGAUGAUCUAUCUGCAUCACGUCUACCGCCCACGGCCUCGGCCGUCGCUUCUCAUCUUGCAGGCUUCUCCCGGUCUGCGCCUCACUCGCGCGCCGCGACAGUGUCCGAGGGUCUUCCCGGGGCCGCGCUCGAUUCAUCGAUCACACACGGCUCGCCCUUCGCGUCGCAUACAUUUGUACCUCCUUCGGGGGCGCCGGGCUUCACGGGCGACCGCAAGUGGAACAAGGGCUUCGAGUUUGACAAGACGCAGGUGGAGCGCAAGAGCGUGCGGCUCAACGGCCGCAGAGAAAUGACUGUUCCUGUGCUCACCGUCGAGAUCGCGGACAUGAUACGACCGUUCUUCCCCGCCCUGGCGCGCCUCCCACGCGCGUGGACGCUGCUCUACAGUCUCGACCAGCAUGGGAUCUCGCUGAACACGCUGUACACGCGCUGCCAGGACUUCAAGGGCAGUGCGCUCAUGAUCAUCCGCGACGCGAACAAUGCGGUGUUUGGCGCGUGGAUGGGCGAGGGUAUACACCCCUCAAAAGGCGCAUACUACGGCAGCGGCGAAUCGUUCUUGUGGCAACUCUCGGGGGCGGACCGGGUGCGGGUGUUCAAGUGGACGGGCAAGAACGACUACGUCGCGCUCUGCGAGCCCGACUAUAUCUCCUUCGGCGGCGGCGACGGCCACUACGGGCUGUGGCUGGACGAGACGCUCUCGGACGGCUCGUCCGCGCGCUGUCUGACGUUCGACAACGAGCCGCUGUGCUCGCCGGGCAAGCGCCAGGGCGAGACCGUCACGUUCGAGUGCGUUGCGCUCGAGGUCUGGGGGAUUGGCUGA